ACCACGACAAACCACAACAAAGUGUGCAGUUUUGCUGAUGAAGUGUUCAAUGUUUGCAAACAGACACAAAUAACAAACUCAAGACCAACUUCGCAGAAAAAUAGACAAAAAUGGUAGCAAUGGCCUUGAAAAUUACUGUAAUAUCUAAUCUGAAUACAAACGGCGUACUUUCACUUCCUCCAAACAGGCUACACUCGCAUCUUUUAUGCUCAAAUCCUAAAUUUUGUGGCCGUAGGUUCAUUGGAAGUGCACCUCUAUCAUUGUCUCGAAGUAAAAAAAGUUGGCAUGGAUCACUUCAAGUUUCGAAUUUGAGUCAGUCUUCCGCGUCUAACUCUUUCGAUGUUGUCAUAGUUGGUGCCGGAAUCAUUGGAUUGACCAUCGCACGGCACUUGCUCCUUGCCUCAGAUCUCUCCGUCGCGCUAGUUGACGCUGCUGUUCCUUGCUCUGGCGCAACUGGAGCAGGUCAAGGAUACAUAUGGAAGGCACACAAAUCACCCGGUACUGAGAAAUGGGAGUUAAUGAUGAGAAGCCAUCAAUUGUGGGAGAACCUAGCCAAGAGCAUUCAACUUCAAGGAAUGGAUCCUUUAGAGGAACUUGGCUGGAAGAAGACAGGAAGCCUUUUAGUAAGUAAAACAGCAGCUGAGUCAGCGAUGUUAAAAGAGAGGGUGGAGGAGCUAUCACAGGAGGGGUUGAGAGCUGAGUUCUUGUCCACCAAUGACUUGCUGUCAGAAGAACCAGAACUUGUGCUUGAGCAGGAAGGUGGGGCUGCUUUUUUUCCUGAUGAUUACCAAUUGGACGUUCAUCGUACUGUUGCAUUUAUUGCGGAGGGUAACAGGCGUUUUGCUGUGGAAGGCAGAUAUGCCGAAUUUUAUCAUGAAGCUGCUAUUGGAUUAGUUAGACCUGGAAAUAGCUGCGAGGUAGGAGCUAUUCAAACUUCCAAGAAUACAUUGCACAGUAAGAAGGCUGUGGUGAUUGCAGCAGGUUGUUGGACUGGGUCUUUGAUUCACGACCUGAUUAAGCAGCCAGAUAUUGAACUCGACCUUCCAAUAAAGCCUCGAAAGGGUCACCUGCUUGUGAUAGAGAAUUUCAAGUCGUUCAAGCUGAAUCAUGGAAUUAUGGAGACAGGGUAUGCCAACCAUCAGUCGGCAACCCUGAAUGCUACUGCAUCUAAUUCAGGGCCUGUCUAUAAUGCACAAGAUUUGUCUGUUUCAAUGACAGCAACCAUAGAUGUGUCAGGCAAUCUCGUCCUUGCCAUUGCAAAAUACACAAAACAAAGAGACAUGACACUAAUACAACAAAAGGAAGACAUUAGUCCUUUCCAAAGUAUUGCCAGACGACUUCAAAUGAAGAAGGGGAUUAUAUCCCGAUCAGAAAUAAUAGCUUUAUAUAUGGAGGAAGUUAAGAAAGAUUUAAUGAGAAAUCUUGACAUGGAGAAUGCAUUAGAUGUUUCUAUGGUAUCUGCUGGUCAUACCACGGAUAAUGAAGAGGAUUGCUUAGCAGGAGAAUCACAAAGCAUCCAAAGCAAUGAUGAAAUUGAUCUUGAUGAGUACCUGCAAAAAUUCAGAGAAAAAUUGGAAGAAUCUUCCACGUCAAUAAAGGACAAAGGGAGUAGCCGACAGCUUGUUGGGUUUAGCACAGAGGUAGAUGAAUCUGUCAUCAACCACAUAUGGCAGCGGGUUGGGGAGUUCAUACCUGCUUUAAGACAAGAGUCUCUUGAAGAUUUGCGUCAAAGCAGAGAAGUUAGAGUAGGACUGAGACCUUACAUUCCUGAUGGGAAGCCUGUCAUUGGGCUUGUUCCUGGAUUUUCAAAUGUCUUUCUUGCUGCCGGGCAUGAAGGAGAAGGACUGUCGCUGGCUCUAGGAACAGCUGAAAUGAUUGCUGAUAUGGUGUUGGGAAAUCCUUGUAAAGUAGAUGCAACACCUUUUGCUCUGUUAGGCCGGUGCUUCCACUAAAUAGUGAAUCCAAUGCAAUGAUUGUGCAUCAAUGAAACCGAAAUUUGAAUUCCCUCCACCCUCAAGGUCACAUCACAUUCUUAUGUUACUGCCACAUGAUGUUGCAUUUUGGUUACAACUUUUCGUUCUAUUUUUCAGUGCAAUAACUGAAUAAUGAGAAAUUACAACUGUUUAUACCGAGAUGCAAUUCAUAGGUUUUGAAUGAACAGAGAUGUGUUGGGAAAAAAAAAGAAUGAACAGGGAUGUAGCUUCCUAGAACCAUUCCAGCAGAAGACUCAUCUUCCCAGCUCUCCAACCAAAUGUGUCUUAUGUAAAACUAAAAGAGCAAAAUACUUUUGCUGUGGUUGAUUUCUUUAUGGAUUUAGUGCUUGCAAUGCUUCA